AUGACUAUUAUCGUUGCUUCUCUAUUCUUACCAUACACGCCUCAGUUCGAGGCCGAUGUAACGAAUUCGGACACUGCCAAGCUGGUCGAAUCAAGUAUGAUCAAAAUGGACUGCAAUAACCAGGAAUUGGGCAAUAACAAGCAAGAGAGAAGUAGUUCUGUGACUUCGGCCAAUUCUCAUUAUAUCGGUUUGCCACAAGAGCCUCAGAUUAACGGUGAACCUUUGCCUAGAACCACUGUAGGCUCGCCAGUCACAGCAGUUAACUACCGUAAUGAAAUGGAAAUGCUCUCUUCCGAGCAAUUCUUGGAGGAGUUGACUGCUAAUGCCACUCAUGCGGCUAACUCCGGUAUUCCGCAAUCCAAUAAGCCUGCGUCGUCCACUUCCACUGCUCAAAGGCCUUCAGUGGAAGAGUUUUUCUCAGCUCCCUCUGCUAGAGUCUGCUCCCCCGCUCAAGAGGCUUCUGCUUCCUCUAUUUCCGCCGGUCAUGCGACGUCAUCUCACCAUAACGACUUGAGCUCUAACCUCAUGAAAAGUCCUAAUUUGUUGUUCGACUCCCAUCCAUCUAGGGCUAGAAGCUCAUCCAAGAGUGCCGUGAUUACUCCGGUUUCCAAGAGCGUUCCAGAUGUCGAUCCCGCCGUCGUAGAUGUCGCGAAAGUAAGAGAAGAAUUUCAACAACAAGCUUCCUUGCCCUCCAUGAAAAGAGUUUCUGGAAGCGCUGCCGCUGAUUCAUCCAGUGGUUCUGCAGGUUCUAACUUGAGGUAUUCUGAGAAAUUCCACGACAACUUUAUUGAAGAUACUGACAGUGAGGAUGACAUUGAUUCUGAUUUGGAGACGGAUGCUACCAAGAAAUACAACGUUCCUAAAUUCGGUGGCUAUUCCAAUAACGCGAAGUUGAGAGCAUCUUUAAUGAGAAACUCAUAUGAACUAUUUAAGCAUUUGCCAUGGACAAUAGUCGACAGCGAUAAGGGGAACGGGUCGUUGAAAAAUGCGGUUAACAUUGCAGUCGCUGAAAAGACCGUGAAGGAGCCUGUCUCCUGGAUAGGUACAAUGGGUAUUCCUACUGAUGAGAUUCCUCACGAAGUUUGCCAUGAGAUUUCAAAGAAAUUAGAAAAGGAUUUCAAUUCGUAUUCAGUGGUCACUGAUGAUAUCACGUUUAAGGGAGCUUAUAAGAACUACGCCAAGCAAAUCUUGUGGCCUACUCUGCAUUACCAAAUACCAGAUAAUCCCAAUUCAAAGGCAUUCGAAGACCAUUCCUGGGACUAUUACCAAAAGGUCAACCAAAAAUUUGCUGAUAGGAUUGUCUCCGUUUACAGACCCGGUGAUACUAUCUGGAUACAUGAUUAUCAUUUAAUGCUUGUUCCACAAAUGGUGAGAGAGAAACUGCCCAAGGCUAAGAUUGGAUUUUUCUUACACGUUUCCUUUCCGAGUAGUGAGGUGUUUAGAUGUCUCGCUAACAGGGAAAGAAUUCUUGAAGGUAUCAUUGGUGCAAACUUCGUUGGAUUUCAAACCAAAGAAUAUAAGAGACAUUUCUUGCAGACUUGUAAUAGAUUACUGGCCGCUGAUGUCUCCAAUGAUGAAGUCAAAUAUCACUGCAAGAUUGUUUCGGUAAUGUAUGCGCCAAUCGGUAUUGAUUAUUACCAUUUGACAUCUCAGUUGAGAAAUAACUCUGUGCUUGAAUGGCGUCAAUUGAUUAAGGAGAGAUGGCACAAUAAAAAAUUAAUUGUUUGUCGUGAUCAGUUUGAUAGAAUUAGGGGUCUUCAGAAAAAAAUGUUGGCCUACGAAAGGUUUUUAGUAGAGAAUCCUGAAUAUAUCGAAAAAGUAGUUUUGAUUCAAAUAUGUAUCGGCAAGAGCUCCGAUCCUGAGUAUGAACGCCAAAUCAUGGUUGUCGUUGAUAGAAUCAAUUCUCUGUCUUCGAAUAUCAGUAUUUCUCAACCAGUGGUCUUUUUACACCAGGGAUUAGAUUUUGCUCAAUAUUUGGCAUUGAAUUGUGAAGCAGAUGCAUUUUUAGUAGAUGCCUUAAGGGAAGGUAUGAAUCUAACAUGUCAUGAAUUCAUCAUCAGUUCAUUUGAAAAAAACGCACCUUUGCUAUUAUCUGAAUUCACCGGUAGUUCUUCUGUCCUAAAGGAAGGUGCUAUCUUAAUUAAUCCAUGGGAUAUAAAUCUUGUGGCGCAAAGUAUCAAGAAAAGUUUAGAAAUGUCCCCUGAAGAAAAAAGGCGUAGAUGGAAAAAAUUAUUCAAAUCUGUGAUUGAACAUGAUUCGGAUAAUUGGAUCGCCAAAUGCUUUGAGUACGUAAAUAAUGCAUGGGAGUCCAAUCAAGAAACAUCUACCGUUUUCAAUCUUGCUUCAGAAAAAUUUUGUGCUGAUUACAAAGCUUCCAAGAAGCACCUAUUUAUUUUCAAGAUUUCAGAACCUCCAACGUCAAGAAUGCUCUCUUUGUUAAGUGAAUUAAGCUCUAAUAACAUAGUUUAUGUUUUAAGUUCAUUUACCAAAAACACAUUUGAAGGUUUAUACAAUGGUGUUCUAAACAUCGGUUUGAUAGCCGAAAAUGGAGCUUACGUAAGAGUUAAUGGGUCAUGGUACAACAUCGUGGAAGAGCUGGAUUGGAUGAAAGAAGUAGCCAAGAUUUUUGAUGAAAAAGUCGAAAGAUUACCUGGUUCCUAUUACAAGAUUGCUGAUUCUAUGAUCAGAUUUCAUACAGAAAACGCAGAAGACCAAGACCGUGUUCCAACCGUGAUUGGUGAGGCUAUCACGCAUAUUAACACUUUAUUUGACGAUAAGGAUAUUCAUGCUUAUGUACAUAAGGAUAUUGUCUUUGUUCAACAAACGGGGUUGGCCUUAGCUGCUGUUGAGUUUUUGAUGAAAUUUUACAACAGUGGCGUGAAUACCACUGAUAACAGUAGAAUAUCUCUAUCAAGAACAUCAUCUUCGAUGUAUGUUGGCAAUAAUAAGAAGCAUUUCCAAAACCGCGUGGAUUUUGUUUGCAUUUCCGGUUCAACAUCACCUAUCAUCGAACCACUGUUUAAGUUAGUUAAACAAGAAGUUGAAAAGAACAAUCUAAAAUUUGGUUACACUAUUCUUUAUGGUAGUUCCAGAUCUACCUAUGCCAAGGAACACAUCAAUGGUGUUAAUGAGCUUUUCACAAUUCUUCAUGGUUUGACAGCCGCUUAA